AUGCAGCAGCAAUGGGGAACCCUCUUCGGCAAAAUGGUAGAGAAGCCUGCGGCAUCAGCAGCUGCGGCAGAGUACUCGUCUCGGGCGAAGCGUGUGGCCCUGGCUUCGUCGACGGAGGCCAAGUCCGAAGUGGCGCUGAAGCUAGGGGUGAUCAGUGCUCAACGUACGAGGCUCCUGGAAGCCGCUGUGACGUAUCAGUUCUCUUUGAACGUGGAGGACGCAGUUUAUGUGAGUAUGAAAAGCGCUCACGACCAGGAGUACUUGCCGCGGGUGAAGGGCCAGAAGGGCCACAAGCUCGGUGCUCCAGAUUCGUUUCAAUUUGCAGGUGCGGCGCUCGCGCUCGGGACCAAGGGGUCGGCUGAGCAGCAGGCCAUCGUACGGAAAUGCAUGGACAGUUUCGUCCCAGGCUCCCUUCAGGCGCAGCUCUUGAUUCGCUUGUUCAGAACUGAAAAGAUGUUCGACUCGAAGCUGCGCCGUUUGAUUGUAACGAUCGCCGACAAGCAGCUCGAGCAGUGGCGGGUGGUCAUCGGCAUAAGGUACUUGUCUCUGGUGCAGGUCAGGAGCAGUCGUACCUCGGUCUCUCGCUCGACGGCGUGA